AAGCGGCGCCAUAUUGGCGUCGGCCGCGCUGUAUUGUCAUAAAUAGAGCCGGAUUUCUGGUGUUUCCAGUAUUCGGUUGGAUGCCUCGGCCGUAGUAAGUGAGAGAGUGAGCGAGCAAGCGAGCUACAAGCGAGCGGAGGAAAGUGGACAGGAGGAGAAGGGAAGAGCAAGAACAGGACUCCAGAGCGAAAGACUCGCCGGUGAGGGAGACGCAGGAAGCGAUGAAAGAGAUGUCUUCAAACACCAUGCUGGACAGCCAGCGUCAACAAAAGCAUUAUGGAAUCACCUCUCCAAUUAGCUUGGCAUGUCCCAAAGAAAUUGAUCAUAUUUACACACAGAAAUUAAUUGAUGCCAUGAAACCAUUUGGAGUAUUUGAAGAUGAGGAAGAAUUGAACCACAGGCUGGUUGUUCUUGGUAAACUGAACAAUUUAGUAAAAGAAUGGAUUUCUGAGGUCAGUGAGAGUAAGAAUCUCCCACCUUCUGUUGUGGCUACUGUUGGUGGAAAAAUUUUCACCUUUGGCUCCUAUAGGCUUGGAGUACACACCAAAGGAGCUGACAUUGAUGCACUUUGUGUUGCUCCAAGACAUGUGGAGAGAUCUGAUUUUUUUCAGUCUUUUUUUGAAAAAUUGAAACAUCAAGAUGGCAUUAGAAACUUAAGAGCUGUAGAAGAUGCCUUUGUGCCUGUCAUAAAAUUUGAAUUUGAUGGAAUUGAAAUUGAUCUAGUCUUUGCAAGACUGGCAAUACAAACCAUAUCAGAUAAUUUAGAUCUAAGAGACGACUCUCGACUGAGAAGCCUUGAUAUAAGGUGUAUUCGCAGCCUAAAUGGCUGUAGAGUUACUGAUGAAAUUUUGCAUUUAGUGCCAAAUAAAGAAACUUUCAGACUCACCCUAAGAGCAGUCAAACUAUGGGCAAAACGACGUGGUAUUUAUUCCAACAUGUUGGGAUUCCUUGGUGGUGUCUCCUGGGCAAUGCUAGUUGCAAGAACUUGCCAAUUAUAUCCAAAUGCAGCAGCUUCUACUUUAGUUCAUAAGUUCUUCUUAGUUUUUUCCAAGUGGGAAUGGCCAAAUCCUGUGCUGCUAAAGCAACCGGAAGAAAGCAAUUUGAAUUUGCCAGUUUGGGAUCCUCGGGUAAAUCCAUCAGAUAGGUAUCAUCUCAUGCCCAUAAUCACCCCUGCCUACCCACAACAGAAUUCUACGUAUAAUGUGUCCACAUCAACUCGAACAGUAAUGGUAGAAGAAUUUAAACAAGGUCUCGCAGUUACAGAUGAAAUUCUUCAAGGGAAAUCAGAUUGGUCCAAACUCCUUGAGCCGCCAAAUUUUUUCCAGAAGUAUAGACAUUAUAUAGUAUUGACUGCCAGUGCAUCAACAGAAGAAAAUCAUCUAGAGUGGGUUGGAUUAGUAGAAUCUAAAAUACGUGUACUUGUUGGAAAUUUGGAACGGAAUGAAUUUAUUACUCUUGCCCAUGUAAAUCCCCAAUCAUUCCCAGGAAAUAAGGAACAUCAUAAGGACAACAAUUACGUAUCAAUGUGGUUCCUUGGAAUAAUUUUUCGGAGAGUAGAAAAUGCAGAAAGUGUUAAUAUAGACUUGACAUAUGAUAUACAGUCAUUUACUGAUACAGUGUACAGACAGGCAAACAAUAUAAACAUGCUAAAGGAGGGAAUGAAAAUUGAAGCAACUCAUGUUAAAAAAAAACAGCUUCAUCACUACCUUCCCACAGAGAUUCUUCAGAAGAAGAAAAAGCAAAGUCUUUCUGAUGUCAGUCGAAGUUCAAGUGGACCUCAAUCCAAAAGAUCAUCUCUGGAUAGCAGUUGUUUGGAUAGCUCCAGAGACACUGAUAAUGGAACACCUUUUAAUUCCCCAGUGUCUACAAACAAGCCUUCCAAGCCUGAUAUUCCUCCUUCAGCAGAGACAGAAAGGAAUAAUGCUGAGCCUGCCACCGUAGUUGUGGAAAAGCCACUGACUGUCCCGCCAGCUCAAGGGUUGUCUAUUCCCGUCAUUGGUGCAAAAGUUGACUCUGCAGUAAAAGCUGUAUCACCUCCAGCUGUGUGUACCAUUCCUACUGUAGUAGGACGAAAUGUCAUUCCUAGAAUCACAACACCCCACAACCCUGCCCAGGGGCAGCCACAUCUAAAUGGAAAGUCAAAUAUAACUAAGAAUGUUACCCCCAAAAGAUCCCACUCCCCAUCCAUAGAUGGGUCUUCUAAGAGGUUGAAGGACAUAGAAAAGUUUAUUCGACUUGAAUCAACGUUUAAGGAGUCACGUGCUGCUGAAGACAGAAAGAGAAAAUCAAUGGAUGCCAUUGGAGGAGAAUGUAUGCCUAUUCCAACUAUUGAUACAUCACGCAAAAAGAGACCGCCCAGUAAAGAACUACCAGAUACAUCAUCUCCAGUUCCAGCAAAUAACAUCCGUGUCAUCAAAAAUUCCAUUCGACUGACCCUAAAUCGAUGCUGUAGCAUUCUCUCAUUGAUUGCUACAUACAGUUCUCUGAGGAUCACCUGCUAUCAAAUUAUCAUCUACAAUAUUAUGGCUUUGCGUUGGAGGUUUUACUGCCUUAACUUUCGAUGCUUGUUUCUCUGUUGUGGGAACCAGUGCUUGGCUCUCUGGACACUGAUAAAACAAGUCCUGAACACCGCCCCCUUCUUUUUUUUAAGUCUUAUGUUGUAAUCAUUGUAUAGAACUAAAAAAGUUGAAAACAAAAAACAAAAAAAGUAAUUUCCAAAUGUUAACACAUUUACUUUAGCAUUGAAGCCACUUUGUGAAACCUGAGAUAAAUGUGAGGUAUCUUCUCUGCUUUCCUCAUUUGUGUAGAUGUACUUACUGUCUGUUCUGUUGAUUUAAAUUAUUUUUUCUCAGAUUGGCACACGGAAUAUUUAAAUUUUUAUUGUGCCUUUCUAUCCAAAUGUUGCAUAGUUACCAGGGAGGAUUAGUCCAGUGAUUACAUAAGAGUUGGGCACCAUAAAUUCUCUAUAUUUUGCCUCCCAUGGAGGCCUUUGAAAUGCAUCUUUAUUAAGAAUCAAAAUAUGACCAGGAUACUGAAAGUCAGUAUAUGAACGGUGAAAUUGUUACAUAUCCUAUCUCAUGCCAUUCUUGUUAGUUGACUGGUAUUUUUUACUGAGGAGCAACUCAUUCCGGCAUCAACAGUAAGAUGCCUUGAAGUAUGGCAAACUUGUAUUUUUGAAGUGUACGAUUAACUUGGCAUGAUACUUGCUGACCAUUACUUACCGCCACAACUUCAGACAGUUCCUUUGUGGACUAGGCAUGCAGAAAUGAGCAGUGGAUUUUAUUGAAACCUAAAGGCAUUUUUGAAUGAAAUUGUUACCAACCAUUAAUUGGCUCAGGACCUUUGUAAUUUUUAUUUAAAUAUAUGAGUUGUCUUUUUUUACACUGCUUUUUUCAGUGCAUUUCUUAAUAUUUUUUAAGUUUCAUGAAUGCAUGCUCCAUUUAUUAAA